UUAUAAAUAACGCCAGACUCAACUUUGGACCCCAAGUUGUUUUUCUAUCCAAGUCUUUGGUUGCAUGAUAUUGCACACAAAGCGAGGACGACCUAACCAAGAUACCGUGAUGGUGAGACUACCGCUCGGGGUACAAGUGAAGGAAGAGCCGAAGGAAAAGCUAGCGUGCUGCGGGGGAGGGGACGAUCCGGUCUCCGGAUCCAAGACAGGAACGACGUUGGCUGCCAACUCGCUGCUGGCUGACCUGCUAGACGGGAAGAAGGUUGAUUUGUUCCAGCACAACACUGAGAAGCCUACCUUCAAGACGGCCACCAUGUCCAGCCGCACGGCGCUCAAGAUGCAGCUGAUGCGGGAGCAGAUGCAGGAGCAGGAGCGGCGCGACCGGAUCGUUCAGGUCCAGCAGUCCUCCGCCGUGAAGAUCAACGCCUCGCAGGCCUCCGCCAUCAACGUUCCCCACUCCCUCCCCACCACCACCGAGGUUCCCGCGCAGAUUCUCAAGGUGGAAACAAAGCUUGCCCACCCCACCAGGUAUCACAUCCAGCAGAACCAGCGCAGACAGGUGCAGGAGUACCUCCAGUCCUCCACCAACACCGCGCGGUCAGCCCCCACUGGCGGCGGCAUGACCAUCCAGGCGGCGUCGCCCACCAUCACCGUCACCCAGACCACCACUGCCUCCGUCCCGUCACCGACCAAACCUCCAGGAGACUUCCCGCCAGACAGUCCCAUGAGCCUUCUGAGCGGCUCGGGCGCCACCGGGUCAGAGAUGGACGACGUGAUAGAUGACAUCAUCAGCCUGGAGUCCAGCUUCGAUGACAGCUUCAACUUCCUGGACACUCCCAUCCCGCAGAUCUCGUCCACGAUGCCGCUGACGUCCAGCCUGCUGGAUGGGUUCGGCACGGUGGGUUCCCUCACGCCGAUGGUCACGGCCAACACGUCGGCGUCCUGUCCUGCCGACCUCACCAACAUCAAGAAGGAGCCGGUACAGAUGUCGGAGAGCGAGCUGAAGGCACUGGCCAAGGACAGACAGAAGAAGGACAACCAUAACAUGAAUGAGUGGGGCUAUUCUGAGAUGGUGGGGUGGAUAGGUGGGGUACCUGAACAGGCCAUGGCUCUGGCCAAGGACAGGCAGAAGAAAGACAACCACAACAUAAUUGAGAGACGGAGAAGAUUCAACAUCAACGACCGUAUCAAGGAGCUGGGGACCCUGCUGCCAAAGACAGCAGACCCUGACAUGCGCUGGAAUAAGGGCACCAUCCUGAAGGCAUCUGUGGACUACAUCAGGCGACUGAAGAAGGAACACGAGCGCAUGAGGCACAUGGAGGAGAGGCAGAAACAGAUGGAGCAGAUGAACAGGAAAAUGUUACUUAGAAUACAGGAGUUGGAGAUGCACUGUCGUGCUCACAGCAUCCCGACGACGCCCCUAACCAACGACACCUCCACCUCACAAAUCACCGAACAGUUCAUGAGACAUGAGGGCCUCCUGUUGGCUGAGGGCGGAGGUGCAGUCUCCCCGUCCGAAGCCCCGGCUCCUGCCAUCACCAUCACGUUAGAGGACAUGAUGGAUGAAGGCCCGGCCGGGGACCCCAUGUUGUCCGCCACAGUGUCCCCCGACGGCAGCCGACGCAGCAGCAUCAACAGUAUGGAGGACCAUCCUGAUCUCCUGCAGCUCCAAUGACAGUGAGCCAUCUAGCAGAACGUGCUGGAACUACAGGCGUGAAAAGGCACACCACUAAGACUUGUGACUACCCUAGACAAUAGCGCUAAUACUAAUACUACCAGGUGUACAAGAAUGACACUACAUGGAAUCAUGCGACAGAAGGAAAGGAUGAUGACUCUUGAAAAUCAAGGAGAGACAAGGAGACAAUGGAGGGUACAGAUUCAAGAAGGCCACAAGAUGACACCCAAGUCGAUGAAUACAGGAGAA